UGCAAGAUUUCCGUGUCACUGUGCCUAUGGAGUAGUUGAGAUGACCGGCCGGCCCGUCGCUUUGGUAAGCCACGGGCCGCCGCCCUAGCGGCCAACCAGUUUCGGCGACGUAGCUGGAGCUAAAAAUUGCACACACUACCUACCAGACUACUCGGGGCUGGCACACAGGCGGCUUCUCGGGGCCUGGCAAGCACCCAUCCCUUUGGUCCCGGCCGCGACUCCAAAAAGGGGGACCGCAUUUUUGCCGACCAGCCCAGCGCGACGCAUCCAUCCGCACGCCAGCUCGAUCCCGACUUUUCCGCUUCUUGCUUUUCCCUCCCCUCCCCGUUCAACAACCUCCUCAACGCAGGCAGACUCGUUGUCGCCCUUUUUUUCUGUCCAACCGGCCAGGUCAAUCCAGCGACGCGACCACCCGAGAGGCACCCUGCAGAGCCGCCCGUCCAUCGUCGCCUCUCUUCUCACCACCGCCCGACGCCCGACGCCCGACGCCGCCGCGAUGCGAUGGCUCACCUCGCUCGCGGGCUACGUUGCCCCCAUCUUCCUGAUCCUGUCGCCCGUGCUGUCCUAUAGCGACCAGGCAAUGUCAAUGCACCGCAACAAAUCCAGCGCCGGCUUCUCCCUGGACAUACCUCUGAUCAUGCUCAUCGCGUCCAUGUUCAGGAUAUUCUACUACCCGGGCGCCCGAUUCGACACCGCGCUGCUCAUACAGUCGUUCCUGAUGGUGAUAAUGCAGCUGCUGCUGUUGAAGAUAGCCCUGGACCACCGCCCCGGCCCCGCCUCCAAGGGCGGGGACGCCGCCGUCCCGUUCGCCGGGGCCAAGGAGGGAUUCUUCGAGAAGCAGCGCCCGUACCAGUUCUGGCAGUGGCGGUCGCCCAAGCCAUACUGGCAGUUCCUGCUCUGGCUGUUCAUCAUCCUGACGGCGCUCGAGCUCGCCCUCGCGCCCUUCAGCGGCCUCUACUCGUCGUACUCGACCCUGCUCGGCUACAUCGGCCUCUCGGUCGAGGCGACGCUGCCGCUGCCGCAGAUCUUCGCCAACGCGCGCUCCCGGUCGUGCAGGGGGUUCCGGGUCUCGGUGCUCGCCAGCUGGCUCGCGGGCGACGCGAUGAAGAUGUUCUGGUUCUUCACGUCCGUGACCGAGAUCCCCUGGGCGUUCAAGCUGUGCGGCAUGUUCCAGGCGGCGUGCGACGCGUUCCUGGGCGUGCAGUACCUCAUGUACGGGUCCGGCGAGGGCAAGCUCAAGGACGACGAGGGCGCCGCGCCCGAGUGGAACGGGGAGAUGAAGAGCAUGGCUGUCCCGCCGAGUGGGCUGCAGAGUGGCCGCCGGACGCCGUUUGAAAAGCCGCUGUGAUAGAUCUUAAAUAAAUAUACAUGUCUCAGUCCG